AGAAAACAAAAACGCCGUUUAAUGUUUCGCUGUGUUUGCGCGCUUUUCAAAGUGACAGUUGUAAUUUCAAUAAUUCGCCGAGUUAUGUGGCCCACUUUCGUACCCUUUUUCGACAUUUAUCGCGGGAAAACUAUAAUUAAUGGAAUUGUUGUCGAAGGCGUUAUUGAUAUUGAGAAGUUUUUAAUAAAAGUUGCCGAUUCUGCGCUAGCUCACUCGUCGGUGACUCAGCCUUCGAGUAAUUGGUAAAGUUUAGCGAAAGCUUGACGCCUUUCAUCGUUAAGUACAAGUCGGAAUUUUCUUAAACGAGUUCCUCGAGUACACGCCGCCGGAUUUUAUUAAAACCUUGGCGAGAAAAUAAGACAGCCGGCGAUACGUCGUUUGAGAAACACUGAAUGGUUUAUAGUAUACACAGAUACGUUUGGUACACAUUAAACAAAUAUCUACAAACGAUUGCUUCCUACCAACAACAGUUCCCAUCGGCGAAUCUUCCCAACAUACCCGGCUUAAAUCCAUCAAUGAUGCAGCCCGGCACAUCAUUUCAGUCACUUCCGCCAUCCAGAAUACCAUCGCCGCAUCACCAAUUUCAAAGGCAAAGUUCUCCUCAGCCGUACAACCGUAGCUCGCCAACUUUUCAAUCUCCUCCGCCAGCGCAUAUGAAACGCAGCGCGUCCGUCUCUUCCAGACAAUCCAGAGAGGAAUCUGUUUCACCUAUACACCAAAAUUCGUGGAGUUUCGAAGAGCAAUUCAAACAGUCUACUGUUUUUUUGCAGUUGUACGAUAUCGACAGAGACGAUCCUAAGAGAAAGGAAUUCUUGGACGAUUUAUUCAGCUUCAUGCAGAAGCACGGUAAGCACAAGACUCCUGUAACCAGGCUGCCAAUAAUGGCCAAAUCCGUAUUAGAUUUGUAUGAAUUAUACAAGCUAGUUGUACAAAGAGGUGGUCUCGUCGACGUAAUUAAUAAGAAAUUAUGGCAAGAAGUUAUCAAAGGAUUAAAUCUUCCAUCGUCUAUAACAUCAGCAGCUUUCACAUUACGCACACAGUACAUGAAGUUCCUAUAUCGCUACGAAUGCCACAAAUUGGACUUGAGCAAACCGCACGAAUUGCAAGCGGCCAUCGAGGGUAAUAAACGCGAAGGCAGAAGAACUAGCUAUUACGGAGAUUUAGGCCAAAUGCAUAGUCCAAAUAGUAACGGGCCAAAUAAUGGCCAUCCUCCUACAUCGAUGCAUCACGGUCAAUCGCAAAUGUCGCCGGUCAGUUUGGUAACCACUUCCACCUCGAACACCGGUAGCAAUCGUCUGCAGAUGAAUGGCCAUUCCAACCAGUUUGUUAGUCAUACUGGUAACGCAACCAUUCCUAGCGCUCACGGUAUAUCUCCUUUAAUGUUGCAAGGUUCGUCUCCUGAAUUGCCCGAACCGGGUAAUUUAAGCGGUUUCAUGACCCAGCUAGCGUUGUGGAAUUUGUACAACGGAGCUAUGAAACAACCGCUUCAACAACCUCCAGUAUUACCAUUCCAACCUGCCAGGCCACCGAGUCAAAAUUCCAAUAAUGAGGCUCCCUUGGACUUGGGCAAAAACCGUAAAGAAGAUAGAAACAGUUUGGAAUUACCACCGCCUAAGAGGGAAGCUCGUGAUAAUGAGGGAGACGACGAGGAAGAAAACGAAACCGAAGAUACGGAUAGUGAUUCUGACGAUGAACCGGAAUGUCAGAUACCUUUGAAUAAUUCUAGUCAAGAUACAGAGAAUUCAGUCAAUUCAUCUCCUGUCGUAGUGAAAAUCAAAAUAAACGGUACCAAAUACAGAGGGAUUUUACAUCCGAAAAUAGCUAAAAGGCCGAAGGUUGGACCGCUGCAAUAAAUGAACCAAAUUUGGAAAAUAAUUAUACGUAACUUUGCAUUUUAUUUUAUUUUUGUAGUAAAAGGCAAAACUUUUCGACUUUUUUCUCUCGUAUCGUAUUUUUUAUUUACCUGUAUGAUUUUUAAGCGAACAGCGUUUGUGUUUUUCGUAUUUUAUUUUUAUUUUCUUUCUCUUUCUCUGUUUUGAUAUUUUUAAAACGAUUCCAUUUUUUCAGUAUUGUUUGAUUUUAAAUUAGUUGUAUAUUACCCAAUGUCGUGUACUGGGUACAUUUUGUCAAGUAAGAGAUUUUCAUCUAACGUAAGAUGUAAUUACUAUGAAAUACGUAAAUGUAUUGGCGUCGAGUGUUAAUUGUAUUGUAAUUCUAUCUAUUUGCGUCGCAUUGGCCCCGAAGUAUAGUGUUAAAAAUUAAUGUUUUCGAUGUAUUUGUAGUUGACGUUACUUCUCAGUACCUACCUAUACAGUAAUGCCAAAAAUCGAUUUUAUUUCUUUUUUGAUUCGCAUGACUAUUUAUGUUGUUAAUUUGUAAGCAAACAGAGUUUCAUCAAUAAUUGCUCUUAUGUAUUUAAUGUAUUUAUUUAUUUUACAUUGAUGGAUCCCAAUUGUAGUACACACUGCUGUGCGUUUUUGUUUCGAUAUUUAUUAUGCAUCUCUGUUGCUAAACGUACGAAAUUGCUGGUAGAUUUUGUUUUAUUUGAGACGUCCUGUAAAGGAUCUUUACUAGAGAGGUUUUAAUUAUAAAGUAUUUCUGAUUGUAAAUAUUACAACAAAAGUGUACUAUUGUGUAUUUGUUCUAAUUUAAUUUUAUUGUUUGCAUAUUAUUAUUAUUUGUUUUUAUAUAUAAUUAAUGCUUUUAUGUUUUAUGUAGUCGUUCCGAUUGUAAACUUUCUUUGAAUUAAAUAGUUAUAUAGAA